ACUUGACUUCAAGUGAGUGGAGAGAAUCCACCUUUAACCGACUGAAAAAAAUGGAGAGGAAUACACAAAAAAUGAGGAGUGGUGCCUCUAAUCCAUGCCAGAGGAUAACCCAUGAAGAUCUUUGCAAUUUGCUGAAGAGACUUCAGAAACUGAUGAAUAGACUUGGAUAUGGAUCAUCUAGAAAGAGACCCAGAGAGCAGCCUGCUAUUGCCUCUCUGUCUUCUCAAAGAGGAAUGUUCAAUGUACAAACAAAUUAUGAACAAAACACAGUUCCUGUUUUUAAUACCUAUGAAGAAUACCAUAAGACGGUUCUUCAGUCAUUUGAAAAUAUUUCAAUUGUACUGAACAUAGAAGGAAAAGUUGUUUUUGUAUCCCAGAAUGUGACACCUCUUCUUGGCUAUCUUCCAGAAGAUAUAAUUGGGACGAGCCUAUUAAAUCUUGUUCAUGAUGAACAAAAGGAUGACAUAUCUGAGAAGAUCAUUCUAAAUCUUCCAUUGGCAAAUAUAGUGGGAAGCCUAAUCGAAUUUUGCUGUUAUAUAAGAAAAGGAAAUGUAGGUCAGAGUGGCCAGGACACAUAUUGUUACAGGACCAUGUACCAAGGGAGACAUAUAUAUGAGUACGUGAAAUUCAUCUUGUACCUACAGGAUUCUUAUGAUGAGUCAUUUGUAUUUUUUGGAAACUUCGGUCCUAAUAGCAGAAAGAUUUGGUCUUCUGCUCCAAGGCUGUUAUGGGAGGAAAAGUACUAUGUUGUGGGAAACAUUUCUGUUCUACGUACGCCGGAUGAGACAGCACAACCAGUUAACAUUCAAACAAAUGCUGUAGAUGAUGAUUCUGAUGAUGACAGUACUUUACAACACCAUAGGCUUCGAAAACGCCACCGUAGGAACAAAAUGCAAACAGAUGCUCAGGCUGAAGCUGUGAAUGUGGAGGAGUGUCCUGAAGCAGGCACAGAAGUUGAGAUUGUAGAAGUUCAAGCAGCCACUCAGCGAAUGCCAUUUGACUUAAUUCAGGUCCGGACACCCUCUCACUCAAGCAUAAACCCAGAAUUAAGUGCAGCUACAAGCAUAAGCACUGGCAUGAGGACAAGCACAAGUUCUUCAUCUACAAAUAUUUCAUCAACAACACCAGUAUCAACCCCUACAUCUAGACAGGGGUAUGAGAUAGAUCCAAAAUAUAUGCUAGAGCCCCAAGACAGAGAAUUUGAAGUAGGUCCAGAGUUCCUCCUAAAUGACAGCCAAGACACAGAGGCCACUCCAGAACAAGGAGAAUGCACUGAAGAGGAUGUGAAGAAACCCUUGGUAGAGGCAAAGCUAUCCAAUCCUAAGGAACAUGUAAUUGAUGAAUAUUCUGCAUGUCAUGAUGCUUCUUCAGAUGAUGAUUUCUGUAUAAUAACAGAAGAUACUGAACACAAGAAAGACCCUAAGUUUCAAGAAGUCGUUGUGGGUCAAGAACAAGGACAUCAGAAGCCAAAGAGAACAUAUCAAUACCAUCAUCCACUUUUGGGGGAAAAGUUUUUCCAACUCUGUGGCCCACGAGUGAAGAUGACAGAGGUCUAUGAUUUGAAUAUCAGUAGAUCCUUCUAUGGUGAACAACCUUCUUACCCAGAUAUUGAAGAGGAGCAUAGGGAACAAGAACAAUGUGAAUAUGAAUUCUCCCAGUGUACUGGAAUGCUUCGAAACUUAAAAUAUGAAUGGCCUGGGCAGCAACAUACUGGGCAAGGACAAGGACCUCGUGGAUAUCAUAGAGGAGAACAGGUGGUGACUGUUAUAGAUGACGUGGGGUCACCCACCAUGGAAUUUUUUGGAAAUGACAAUUCUCAGCAUUCACGAAAUGAGACACAUAGAUGUUGGGAGGAUCCUAUUGAUUGUGCCCCUCCACCUCUGCAUCAUUCAUCAAGAUCAUUCCAAGAAAUGACUGGAUUACAUCAAACAUUGGCAGCCUCAUUUCAACCAUCAUUACUGUCAUGUCAAGCAUCAUUAGUGUCAUGUCCAGCAUCUUUACCAUCAUGUUCAGCAUCUGCACCAUCAUCAUGUUUCUUUUGACCACCGAAGAGAGAAAAUUCCACGCUUUCUGCCCCCUGGACAAGAUCACUCUGGUUCCAUUCAGGCUGAAUAGGACACUAAUCCUCACCCAUGAGCGGAAGAUGAGGCUGAAGACAGACCUCCACUGUCUGCAUGGCAAAGGGCCAUACAAAAUGGGAGAGUCCCUUGAUGGGAGAGGGUGGGUGGGUCAUACUGCUUUACUUGCAAAUUAAGUUUGUAGUUAUUCUUAAGCAUAGUCAGUUUAUUGUAAAUAUUGCUGCAGAAGUUGACUGUUAAAUCCUACUUGGUGGGUGAUAACAGGUGAUCCCUGGCCCCUGCUUUUUUAACACCACUUUGUGUAUAUUUAUAUCCAGAUGUGCUUUUGUUGUGGCAUGAGCAGUGUGUCAGGGUCCUACAUAUUUUUCUUGAUGAAAUUUAAAAUACCAUAGAAUUGCAAGACAGGGGGGAAACCUGUUCUAUCAUGUAGUUUUCCCAAAUUCUGAGGCCUUGUUUAUUUUUUUUUUAUUUCUAUCUCUUUUCUGUAGCCCGGUGCUAUUUGAUAUCCUAUGUUAAAUGGUUACCCAAUUGUGAGCAAGUAAUAUCUGUUCAAAAUAGUAUACAUAUUUACUUAAUAAACACUAUGCUCAACUAC